AUGGGGAAACUCUGGGUUGAAGUGUGCCUGAUAUCUGCUAGAGGGCUCCGGCGUUCGUCUUCCUUAUGGAAGCUCCAAUGGUAUGCCGUUGGGUGGACUAACCCGAAUAACAAAUACUGCACCAAGAUUGAUGCAUCUGGAAAUGCAAAUCCAGUAUGGAAAACCAAGUUUGCUACCUUGGUUGAGGACUCGGAGUCGAACUUGAAGGAUCUGGCGCUGCACAUUGAAGUGUACAGCAGAGAGCCUAUAUUCCUCAGAGAGAGGCUUCAGGGUACAGCAACUAUUGUCUUGAGAGAGUUUCUGGCUAAGCAUAACAAGAAUUCUGAGGCUUCAAGACAAGGAGCUGAAGAAGUUGGGAGCUAUCAAUUGCGGAAAAAGAAGUCCAACAAGCCUCAAGGAUUCGUCGAUGUUUCAAUACGUAUAUCUGAGGACAUGGAAGCUCGAAGCUCAUACACAGGCAGUGAGGGAGGACCUACGGAUCUCAGCAAUACCAUCACCUUGGCUAUUGGAGAUGGGUCUUCACCAACAUUUCAACCUCUAGCUCCACACCAAAGGCCAGAAAGUCAGCUCCGUAUCAAUUCUCCAUAUGCACAACCAAGGCCUUUCCCUACAAACUAUUCCAACCCAUAUGCAGUUGGACCAAGCCACCCACCAUCAGGCGGACCAAGUUACCCGCCAGCCAGCAGGCCAAGUUACCCGCCAGCAAGUGGACCAAGCUAUGAGCCGCCCAAAACUCCGCCACCACCUCCCCCACCUUCUAAUGUUGGGUACAUACCCACUUUUAUCCCAAGAACAGAUAGAAUGUCGGAUAGCUAUGUUAAUAUGCCAUCAUCUGGAGCACCACCUGGUCGUAGAGGGGCACCGGGUUUUGGAAUGGGAAUGGGUGCUGGAGCGCUGGCGGCUGGUGCUGUGAUCUUCGGUGAUGACUUUAUGUCAGGAUUUGAUAUGCCUUCAGGAUUACAAGAUGCUAGUCUCACCAUAUCAACUGAUCCUCCUUUUUAA